AAACAGCCUCUCCGGGUGUGUGGAAGUUCCGUGAAGCUGACAGUGGACCAUGCUGGACCCGUCCUCUAGUGAAGAAUCCGAGGGGGAACUUGCACCUGAGGACGAACCGGUGCUCAAACCGGAGAAAGUCUCUGAAAAAGCUCCCAAGUCGGAAAAAAGCGAGAAGAGUCCAGCACCUCCGCGUUCUCAACAAAACAAGAAAGCCGUCCCUGCUUCUCCUGUUGACGACAAGAAAAAUGAACAAAAGAGAAUUGAGAAGGAAGAAGCGGCGAGGAAAACCAAACUCCAGAUUUAUGUGUUCGUGCUGAGAUGUAUAGCGUAUCCUUUUAAUGCCAAACAGCCGACAGAUAUGGCGAGGAGACAGCAGAAGCUGAACAAGCAGCAGCUGCAGGCGGUAAAGGAGCGUUUUCAGGCAUUCCUGAAAGGAGAGACGCAGAUUGUAGCUGAUGAGGCAUUCUGCAAUGCUGUGCGCAGUUACUAUGAGGCAAGACUUCUUGUUUCUGUUGGAAAUACAUUAGUUAUCAUUUUCACAUAUAUAUAAACAAACAAUCCACUAUUUAAGACAUUGUCAUGCAUCCUGCUACUUUUUAAGUAUUUAAAGAAUCAUCAUAUUGACAUUUUCUAAUUUCUAAUCUAAUAGUUU